UGUAUUCACAGGAAAUAACUAGUCACUUUCCAUCUCUAUAAAAGAAACUCAGCAAAUGUUAUAUUUUCAAACACAGUUCCACAGCAGAAUGAAUGCAGGUCUAGUAACCACUACUACCAAUACCUCCAACAUAACCAUAGAACCCAGAAUCUGGGAAUCAGCCGUCCCACCAGCCUUACAGUUUGUUUUAGGAGUUGCCGGCAACUUAAUUGCCCUGAUAGCGCUGGUAACGUCCAGAAAGAGACACAAAUGGAAACCGUUUUACAGAUUGGUCGCUGGUUUGGCUCUGACGGACGGGGGAGGAAUCCUUCUGGUCUAUCCCACAGUGAUGAUCAGAUAUGCUUCAGACUUCACUUAUGAAUUUUCGAAACCUCUCUGUCACUACAGUUCGUUUGUAUUUACAUUUAUGUUGAUAUCUUCAGCAAUGAUUGUUUGUGCUAUGUCAUUCGAUCGUUUCAUAGCUAUCUUGUAUCCUUUCAAAUACAAUUUUAUUGGGAAGAAACAUCGAGCUAACUUAACGCUAGUUGUCAUCUGGCUCCUUGGGACUUUGAUUUCCAGCUUACAUUUGAUGGGACUUGGUUCCAGUUUUAAAUACUACCCAGGUUCCUGGUGUUUCCUGAAUUUCAAUGGGAUUUCGAUCUUAGACAGAGUGAAUUCCUACAUCUAUUCCCUAUUCGGAUUGCUUAUUCUGUGCACAAUCUUUUCCUUUAAUAUACUUGUUAUUGUAUCCUUGUGCAGAAACUUGCGAAGAGAUAAAAUUAUUUUAAAGAGUCACAGAAGGAAAAGCGACAUCUUCAACGUGUGUUUAUUGUUGGUGAUUGUUAGUGUUUUCACAGUCUGCUGGACUCCACUCAUGUUCACAAUACUUGGUCAUGCUGCUUUGUGGAUCAGCGGCAAUGGAUCUAGAGAGUUGUUGGUGACAUGCGCUCAUCAGACACCGAACGCACGCUUUUUGGGAGACAUUGGGAACCAAAGCCGUAUGAUUUCCGUGGGAGACUUGCAAAGAUCUCCACAGCCCAGAUUCUGCCGUCUUCUCCCCGAAAAUGGAUCGAUGACCGAAACACGGUAUGCCGAUGCAGGCACAUCGAAUGAGAAGUACUACACAUUCCUCUGGCAAGGGAAGAGCUCUGAUGAGUCAAGAGAACAUGGAGUGGACUUUGCAGUAAAGAACAACUUGCUGAACAUGAUUGAAUCAGGCAGGAAUGGCUCUGGGCGACUCCUGACUUUCCGCCUUAACACCGCCGAAGGCCCCAUCACCCUUGUCAGUGCGUAUGCCCCGACGCUAUCCGCCUCUUCAGAUACCAAGGAUGAGUUCUAUGAGAACCUUGCAUCCAUCAUCAGCAACACCGCCAGCACCGAACGACGCUCUAUCCAAUAUGAUUUUUCCAGAAAUAUGGUGUAUUUUAUGAGAAAAUCGAUUUCAUAUUCACUGAUACUGCGUUUGCUCCGCUUCGGAGCCGAGCCCUCGUGA